GUUGUUUUUUAUUUAUUUAUCCAUUUAAAUUCUACGUAAAUUCUAAACCCUAGUUAAAUAGUUUAGUUGAGUCAUUCAUAUUGGCAGAUAUCUCCUUCAUAAUCCUCCUCUUUAGUUUCUUUGAUCAUCUUCGAACGAGCUUAUAGAUGGACCCACCAUAUGAUCGUUUUCGUUUUUGUUUCUUGAUUCAUUAUAUAUCAAGGUACUGAAUUUCUGUUGUUUUUGUUCUUAUUAUGUGUUUCUUGAUGCGGUUAGUUGAUUGGAAUUGGCAGUCAUGGUUUUCAGUUUUCUCUUUCUUCCUCUUGAUUUUUGAUUUGGAAAUCAUAUGAUAAUGGUGAGAUGACAAACUAUUGUUUUCUCAUAACUUGAUUCGUAAUAGCUACCUCAGAAACCCAAACCCUAGUUGAUCUCUAUUUUCUAUUUCUGCAGAGCUCGAACCUCAAGGAAAUCCCAAUUAGGCUCAAGUAGACAUUUACAAUAUAUUUACAUCACACAUUAUGCUUUCCUAAUCUGUUUGUGUCUAGUUAGAUAUGUCUACUAUCUGAUACAUAUAUACUUUGUGUUCUCACUGGAAACUGGAAAUGGGAGCAAGAUUUGGAGAUGUAGGCUAUACUACAUAGUAACAGUAAUGUUGACUAUCGGUAAAUAAACUCUAAGCUGCCACUAAUAGAAAAGUUAAGAAAUGCCACAUAUAAAAAGUCUGCUACAUUACCUUAAAUCUCUAUGUUCGAAGAGAAAGUGACGUUCUUUGAAGUUGACAUAAUGUAUAACCCCUGAUACUACUACAAUAAUGCACCCAUACACUCUGUAUGAAAAUGAAUUAACAAGAAUUUUUUUGACUAAAUGCCAACAAAAACAAAUUAAGGUGAACAUAUCUGGUGAACCAAUACAAGUGUGUGCCGUGACUAUGCUAGACCAAAAGCACAAGAUUCAGAAAAAAAUGGAACAAUGAUAUUGUUCCCCUUAGAAAAUUGCAAGAAUGGUAAAUUCAAACAAAAAAUGUUGCAAGAAUGCUAAAUUCAAACAAAUAAUAAGUUCCAUGUAGCAUCCAACAACUUGAACACUUAGUAAAAUGUAAAUUUUUACAUGUUCCCCAAAUACAAAUUAUAUCACUAACAAUUUUCACAGAAGCUUUUGCAGACAACUCCAAAAGGUUAAAUGGAGCUAGUAUUUUGACGUACCUUUUAGCACCCUGGAUGGUCAUAUCACCUAGCUCUGCCAACUUAACUUUUAAAUUUUAAGAACAUGUGGUAAAUACUUUAUAAUAUAGUAUAUAUAUAUAAUAUUUGGAUUUAUAAGAUACAUUUUUCAUGUAAAAUAACCACCCAAUAACCAAUAGCUACUCAGAUAAUAUUGAUCACUAUAAAACUUGAAAGCAUUCGAAAUUCAGAAGACAUCUCAAAAUCAAAGCAAAACCAAUAUAUGAGUCACGGCCAAGGUUUUAAAAAGCGGAAUUGGGCCUUGAGGCGUUUUCUCUCAACGAGGGGAGGCGUUCCAAGGCAUAAGCUCCGAGGCAGAAAUAUAUAUAUCAAUCUGCGUUGCACUGCUUAUACACAGAAAUAUAUGCAAUAUAUACACACACACACACACACUUGAGUACUACCUAGACACAAAACAUAAAUAACAUACUGGAGUACUAAGAGGAUAUACAACACUUUUUUUUGUCAUGAAAUAUAGAUAUAGUAACAAAGAAAAAAAAUAUUGAUCUAUUAAUAAUAUAUAUGCACAUACAUACAUAUUACUAUUGUUAAGCUCAUAAUGGAAAAAAUAUUAAAAUAUCAACGAAGUGGGAGUAGAAGUGACUAUGACUCUGAGACAUGGUAGAGACUAAAUAUAAAAGAAGUGUAUCCGGUAUAUACAUAUACAUAAUACUGUGGUGAAGUAGAGAAGAAUCAAAGAAGAAAACGCAAAUAAAUCGGGAGAAAACUGGAACUCACGAAGGACAACAGAUGUAGCAGAUACGGCUUAGGAGAACCAGAAAAGAACAAGGUUUUCAAAACAGAAAUCGAGAAGCAAUUCAUCUUCAUUAUCGAAAUGCUACAUGUUCAGUUCUGUAGAAAGUUAAAAGGAGGUGAUGAUCUUGUUUCAUAAUCUUAAUGUAUCGGGGUUUUGGAAUUUGGGGACGAUGACUAGGAAGACCUCUAUUUGUGGUAUUUGCGAGAAUUCAAAUCUUGCUUCUAUUUGUACAGUUUGUGUCAAUUACAGGUUAAACUCAUAUGGCACUAAUUUGACAUCAUUAAAGAGUCGCCGAGAUUCUCUAUACUCAAAAUUGAGUGAAGUGCUUGUUGCUAAGGGCAAGGCAGAUGAUCAACUCAGUUGGAAAGUCCUUCAACAUGAGAAACUUGCCACAUUGAGAGAGAAGCUUCACUUUCGUAAAGAACAACUUAUAAAAGAUAAAGCCAAGGUUGAAAAGAUGGCUUCUGACUUAAAAGUCAGAUAUGAAAUGCUCGAAUCAGCCAUGAAUGUGUUGGAAAGAAACCGCAAAGAGCAACUGGAGAAGUAUUAUCCUAAUCUUAUAUGCACUCAGAGCCUUGGGCAUAUGGCAAUUACAUCAGAACGUCUUCAUAAACAAUCUGUUGUUAUCAAACAGAUAUGCAAAUUGUUUCCACAGCGCAAGGUGAACAUAGAUGGAGAGAGGAAAGACGCAUCAAGUGGACAAUAUGAUCAAAUUUGCAAUGCACGAUUACCAAGGGGACUUGAUCCCCACUCAGUUCCCUCUGAUGAGCUUGCUGCUUCUUUGGGAUAUAUGGUGCAGCUUCUUAAUCUUAUUGUUUACAAUGUUGGUGCUCCUGCGCUUCAUAACACGGGUUUUGCGGGUUCAUGCUCCCGAAUAUGGCAACGUGAUUCUUAUUGGGAUGCACGCCCAUCCUCCAGAAGCAACGAGUAUCCACUUUUUAUCCCACGCCAAAAUUUUUGCACGACUGGAGUGGAAACUUCAUGGUCAGAUAGAAGUUCUAGUAAUUUUGGUGUUGCUUCAAUGGAAUCUGAGAGGAAACAUCGUUUAGAUUCUUCGAGUAGCAGUAGCUUCAACUAUACAUUGGCUUCCCCUCACUCCGUUGAAACACACAUGGAUUUGCAGAAGGGAAUUUCACUUUUAAAGAAAAGCGUCGCUUGUGUAACAGCGUAUUGUUACAACUCGUUAUGUCUAGAAGUUCCUGCUGAGGCAUCUACUUUCGAAGCAUUUGCGAAGUUGUUGGCCAUGCUUUCUUCUUCCAAGGAAGUUAGAACUGCCGUUUCUUUGAAAAUGGCUUGUUCAAGAUCGUCUAAGCAAGUCCAACAGUUGAACUAUUCUGUAUGGAACGUGAAUUCAGCAAUUUCAUCGAGUACUUUACUCGAAAGUAGACAUACUUCAGCUUCAAUGCAGAGAAGCAGAGGCGAGAAAAGUCUUUCAAGCUCGGGUGCUAGUUAUCUUUAUGGUGCUACUGAUAAUGGGAAGAAUGAAAUGCUUACGGAAGGAUGGGAUCUUGUGGAACAUCCUACUUUGCCGCCACCACCAUCGCAGACUGAGGAUGUAGAGCAUUGGACACGAGCCAUGUUUAUUGAUGCAACAACAAACAAGUAAUCUGCACCCUCUUAUAAUAUAACUCAGGUCAAAUAUAAAAUACAUGCAUGUAAAUAGAGAAACUUUGCAAGUUUGUAUAUAUAUAUAUGUGUGUGUGAUUCUGUUUUCUUUCUGUUUCGCCU